AUGGCAUUGAGCACAGCUAAACACUUUUUCACCAAAUAUCCUCUGGCAAGAGGAAUGCUUGCGUACAGUAUAACGUGGCCAACAGGAAAUUUAAUUCAACAGACAAUUGAUGGCAAAAAAUGGGACACUUACAAUUGGAAUAAGUGCUUACAGUUUGCAUUGUACGGGUCACUUUAUGUCGCUCCAAGCUUGUUUGGAUGGAUUAAGUUGUCGUCGAAAAUUUGGCCAGUGUCCAAUUUUCGGACGGCGAUUAUGAAAACUGUAACCGAGCAACUGUCGUACGGCCCAUUGGCAACGGCAUCAUUUUUCUUCAUCUUGAGUUUGAUGGAUCACAAAACGGUUGAAGAAAGCAAACAAGAAGUUUGUGAAAAAUUCUGGCCAACAUACAAGCAUAUACUAACAUGGUCUUAUGCAAAUAUCUCACAAUCACAGAUCGGUGUUUUUUAUUGGACUACAGUGCAAACGUUGAACUAUACACUAGUUCCUGAAAGAAAUCGUGUGCCUAUUGUGAGCUUAUUUGGCUUAAUUUGGACAACGUUUUUAGCAUACAUGAAACAGACAUCACCACCACAUGAACACAAUAAAGUGCAACAUAUUGUAGAUGCUGAUUAA